AGUCCAGUUCCUACAGUUAAUCAAGCUUAUGCUAUGAUAGUUAGUGAUGAAGGUCAGAAGUUAAUAACCAAUGCCACAGGAAUUUUAGGUGCUAAUCCUGCAAUGAUGUCAGGAAGCUUUGAUGCAGUCAUGUACUCAAGAUCCAUAUGAUAUCAAAGGUUCAAGAAAAAUUACAAUGUUCAGUGUGACUUUUGUAAACUCAAGGGGCAUAGCAAAGAAAACUGUUAUAAAAUUAUGGGCUAUCCUCCUGAUUAUAGACAAAAAAGAAAGGAGGAACUGGAACCAAUGCUGCCUACAAUGUUAUGACUGAAAAUAUGAUGCAACGGACAUAUGGUAGUUAUAAUGAAACAAGAGGUCCUUUACAAAGUGUUAAUAUGAAUACAAAUCAGGGUUCUAAGGACAAAGGUCAUGUGAAUGAAUUCAAUUUCAAUCAGUUGAAUCAAAUGUCACGAUGCACAUCUCAAGAGAGCAAUAUGAUCGGAUACUUCAACUUCUCAACAAGUCUGGAACCAGUCAGGUCUCAAACACAGUCUCAACUCCUGCAGCCAACACAACAGAAACUCUUCAGUGGGAAGGUAAGGGCGAUUGGUAGGGAGGAUGAUGGACUAUAUAUACUAGAAAGACAAAAGAUUGGAACAUCCCUAGCAGUAACAGCUGGAAUAAAGGAAAGUGACCAGAAUAACUCAACUACAACAAAGGAAGUGGAUCUUUGGCACAAGAGGUUUGGUCAUGCUUCAUCUACAGUUCUCAAAAUGUUACUUCAUAGUAAAACUGAUCUUAUAGUUGAUACAGUAAAGCAAUGCGUAGUUUGUCCUUGUGCUAAACAAUCAAAUUACCAUUUGCUAUCAGUAACUUUAAAUCUGUAAGCAAGUUUGAUCUAGUUCAUAUGUAUUUAUGGGGACCA